CUUACCCACAAUCUCACUUUUUGUUUACACUGAUAUGAUCAGUUUCACACUUAGAAUAUUCCCUCAAUAGCAUCUGUUGGAUAUUCGCACGUCACUCAGCUUUUGAUUGUACUGUACAAUUUUGUUCUGAUUUCACUCCAGCUCCCCGCUUUUGUGCUUUCCAACUCUAAUAUCUUCCAAACGGCCUCGGGCCAGUAAUACCUUUUAUCUUAACUGAUACCAGUAAGACAAAGAGCCGCGAUUUCUUAAUUGUCACAAACCCACUAUCGACUGGCCUGUCUGCAAACGUCAUUGCCUCAGCUGGAAACAAGUUGAUUUCCAGAGAAGGCCCUUUGCUUUCUCUCUCUCUCCUGAUCUUUUUCUUUUUCUUUCCUUUCUUUCCUUCUCUUUUUCGGCCCUGCGACUUACUUUGUCGCUCAAUUGAAUAUACGCGUGCGACUACGCUGACCUAGGGCAAUCGUCGCAAACACCUUCGAAUACCUCUACGGCCGCCAGGUUGAGAUAUUCCCCACUUUGAAUGGGCAUACAUGGCAUUGCGCUGAACCCCAGAUUCAGACGUAGAGUGCAUCAUCUGCUUCCCUUCCUGCCCCACUCGCUGUUUCGAACCCGAACGAGCACCGCCAUCAGGCCGUCGCCUUUACUGCGUAGAGGGUGAAGGAGGGGAGGGCUUCAAAGGACAAAGUCACCACUGCGCGUCUAGACAUGCCGGGGGUUGUCAUGGACAAUACAAAUAUUGGUGGAGCCGGACAAGGGUCAGCUAUUCAUGAUUCAAGGAACGGUAUGCCGUCUUUAGCACCAAAUACCAAUCGAACUUCCGCCUUGGGCGACUCACAUGCGGGACGAGUUCAUAUCAAUGGUAUGGCGAAAAAUGCGGUUGACCCCAGUCAAGCCGAAGGCGCUUCUACGGUCAAGAUUAUAUCGACUAAAUCCACGGAGUUACCGGGGUUGCCACACAUAACGCAAGGCUUUUUCCCAUUCUCGAAAUUAAUCAGUAGAUCUGUGCAACAAUCCUGGAAUGAUCUUUCCGACUUGAUCACGGAGAUGGCAGACAUCCAGGUCUCACCUCAAGAUCCAAAUUCUUUGCAAUUGCCCGCCAGUGGCAAGUCUGGGAAUCAGAGCCCAGAAAAUCUACGGAAGAAGGCACGGAUCCUUGACUUUACACACGCCAAGCGCGCAGAGUUCAUCAAACUCCUUGUCUUAUCUCAAUGGAGCCGACAAGCAGCUGAUGUUAGCAAGCUAAUUGACCUUCAAAACUUUAUCCGUACUCGUCACCAGGCUUACAUGGGUGCUCUGCAAUGGAUUGGUGAUAUGAAGCGAGAUUUAGUACAAGCCCAAGUAGCCAAUCCGGAUUUAACAACGGCUCUCGAAGUCUUGUCCAAGGGUAAAGUAUCUUCUAUGUCAGAUCUUGGGUAUAAACCGCCUAGAUCCUUGACUGGCAAAGACACGCUCAAAAGAUUGCAGAAAAUCAAUAGGAUCAUAAGUGUGAGAUUAGCGUUGUACGAUUCAGUCCCUUGCGCCUUUCGAACGUAUAGCAUCCAUGACGGCCGUGUUACAUUUGCUGUGCCAAACGAAUUUGAAUUGGAUCUUUCAAUCGGGCAAGAAGACAAAUCGUCUCAGUUAUACUUCGUCGACAUACGGUUUCUCUUCAAUCCAUCCUCACCGAUCCCUAAGGGUCGAAUACUCAACGAAUUCGAUGUCAAGAUAAACGAUGCACUUCGAAACGACGGCCUUGCUGGAUGCUUCGAUUUAUUACAUAGUCUCGUUCUCACUAACAAGAUCAACAUACUCUUCAAGCAGGCCAUGGAGUUGGCACAAGGCCUCUGGUACGAUGUCUUGCGUGUUGAGCUUUUGCACCGAACUCUUGUUGUACAUUACUGGGCGCAAAAAGCUGGAGCUAAAAGUUGGCUAGAGAUUGGGAUUAAGAGUGGUAGAAUAUACGGUGAGAAUGAUAGCCCCAGGUAUCCUUACUUGGAUUUGCGCUGGAUAAGAGACGGCCAAGAAGUCGACAACGAAGAGAUCGAGUUCAACACAGAAUGCCUCUCUAUGGAGUGUAUUCUGCGAAGUGUCAUUGCGCUGCAUAUCUCUCAUAUACUCUCCUCUGCAUACUGCAUAAUAAGCGAAAGUCUACUUUACUCUGCUGGCAGAUUAUCUUUGCAGGCUCAAUUGACUAGGACCGAGCCUGGUGACUGUGGAUUGACUAUCCAACUUACGGAGUCCAGGUAUCUUACUGUUUCUAUUGAGCCGAUGACGGGAGCGAGCAUUAUAGCGGCUACCCCCAGCGCUCAGGAGCGACUUGACAAUGAUCGCAGCUUUGACAAGUCUUCCGCCGAGGAUAUAGUGACCCGUGUUGCGCGACUUCGUUGCAUGGCUGCGAUAGAUGAAAUUGAAUCGAACGUCAGGAUGUUGGGCUUCGAAACAGUGAAUCCCAGAAGUUUAAAGAUCGAUUUUCGAAGAAUGUUCCCGAACAAUGUUUUGCGGUUUUCCUUUUUCUGCCACCACCUCUGGGAACGUAACUGGAUUGUAGCAGCAACAAGCAGCAUGGACAGUGACAACUGGUGGGUUGUGCAACUUCAAAACACAACGACAGCAGAAAACUCUUCAGUUUUUGAUGCAAACAUACAUAUCUCGUCUACUCUUCGUUCAGUCCAGGUCAUAAGCGGUUCAUUCUUCCCUGUGAGCCAGAAUAUCAGCUACCCCUCGUUUGCAAAUUUGGGGCAUUAUCUUUCUGGGAUAUUAGCAGUUCAUACCAAUGCGCGCUAUUUAGCGGACCUACAAUCCGUUGACUUCUACCCCCCUCUACAACGACUGGUGAUUGAACCCGACCUUUACGUUCCCGAGAUCUUCAUGCGUUACGAAGUGGCGAAUAUUCCCGAAGCAUUCCGGAUAGCCUUACCUAGUGGGCUGAAAAGCAGGGUUCGUACCAAAGGCACGAUCCGUCUCGCGUUUCAUGGGAUAGAUCCUUGCAAGAAGGUUGCCACUAUAGUCGCAUAUGGGAAUUUAUUGAUACCAAUCAAAACUCUCAGUGCCUUGAAUUCAACAUGGGACCAUUCGCUGGUUUUCCAAAAGAGAGGCACUGGCUUCGCUAUCCGCAUGCUAGCCCCGCCUGGCCGUCCUGUCAUUCCCAAACUCAUGGAAAAUUUGCAAAGACUUGAUUGUGUCUUGUCAAUUUUCGAGAGCCUUCAACGAAAGAAAAUGGAGCCCCGAUCUCUGUCACUGUCACAUGUCACUUUUGCCUAUGGCCCCGAGAAAGACCUCCUCGCCACCCUGAAUAUCGAAACAUCCAUGCCGCCGAGUUCUAUGGAGCUUGAUCCUAUUUUUAUUGCGUCUCGAACCAAAUCAUUGUUUCAAUUGCGCUUAGGCCUAUCCUUUGAAUUUCUAAACCCACAUCGUCGCAUCCAGAAGUCUAUUGAAUCCACAUUGAACCACAGCAUCACCGACGCGGGUCUAGACACUGUUGCUGAAAUUCUCUUGCUUACACUUCCAUUAAUGCGAGCCCUAGACCAGAUCUUAAUAAAUCCGUCUAACAAGCAGCCACUAAGGGUGCAAGUGACUGUCCGUAACGCGAAGACAUUUCAGAUUCACUAUCCUGCCCAAAGCUUCCGCUUCCAAUUAAUUGCCACUCAUCACCUCAGUCACAUGGUCUGGAUCCUGAAAGAGCUAAGCAGUCCUAAGGAAGGAUCAAGCCAAGAUCAGCUUAAGUUGAUGCUUCGAGAAAGGUUAUAUAACUCAAAGGGCGAUGGAUGGAGAGGCCUGGGUAAUGGGGUUGUCGCUGAAAUUGACAAAGUUGGGAAUCUUCUGAUUGAGCUCGACAAAUGUUUCGAGGCUAGCAGCACUUUAGGGUUGGCAGUUUCGACUCCCGAAGCGAAAGUCAACGGCUCGAAGAGUUUUGAUCAACAGUCGACGGCAGAAAAUGGAAACCUUGAAAGCAUGCCCAAUGAACCGGCAACAUUGAUCCCUGCACCAAAUGUUACAAAUACUCGGCACAAAACUGGUAACACAACGCAAAAUGCGGAUAUUAUUAUGAUUGAUUAGAGUCGCAAAGCUUCCUCAACCUCUUGACAUAUUUGGUUGCCUCAUCAUGAGCCACUGUAUUUUUGGAUUAUCGCCUCCCUACGGCUUUCUGUCUCUUCCUGGAUCUAGGAUGUGUCACGACCGUCGCGAUUGUAGUUAUGUGUACAAUGAUUUGAUUUACAUAGUUUCCCUUCUUACCCAGCGACUCUUCUCCUUGGGAUCCUGCUUGUUAUAGGAGUGAUUUUCGCUGGCUCCAUACCGUGAAAGGAGAUUUUCCAUCACGAGCUCGAUCAACGAAAUUAAUACAUUAUGUUAGUUUCCUACGGCAAAGUUUCUCAGAAUCAAGGCGUUAGUUACGGGGAGUUGUGCUUUCUUCGCUA